AUGCGAAUAGUAUUUAUGGUGCCAGUCUUCUCUCUGGUCACAUUCCUAUCGAUCGCCUUUGAUGGUUCAGCCAUAUAUAUCAAAAAUAUCCAGGGGGUUUAUGAAGGGAUUGCGUUUUCGAGCUUUUUCCUCCUGCUCUGCGAAUUUAUUCAGGAGAAUGAGGAAGAUAGAGUAGCAUUCUUGGCUUCUUCGGGUGCGACAAGGCAGUAUAGGGCUGCUUGUAUUGGGGUGUUCCAACUACCAUUUGCCAUGCUCUUGCAAUUAGUCAUCACGGACAUUACGCAGGCAGCUGGCACAUAUUGUAAGGAAUCAAAUAAAUUCUACUUUGCAAAGAUAUGGAUGUCCAUUCUCAAUAUGAUUAGCACUACAGUCGCUGUUGUUUCCGUCAUCAAAUUCUACACUGUCACAAAAGAUGUUACAAAACGUCGCAAACCGCUUUCCAAAUUGGUCGGCUUCAAAGCAAUUAUUGGCUUGAGCUUCCUACAAGACCUCGUCUUCUCAUUCCUUCAAAGUUCCAUGAAACCGACCGAGCACUACACAUAUAAUGAUCUCACCAUCGGUCUCCCGAACCUACUCCUGUCGGUCGAAAUGGUCAUAUUCGCCCUCGCCUUCCUCUACGUUUUCCGCACACACGAAUACUACCCCACCAAAGGCGUUAGUGCUGUUCCGCUUGGGCACGGCGGGUAUCAUGGUGGAUUCUUAGGCAUUAAAGCCAUCAUCACGGCCUUUAGUCUCAUCGAUAUCAUCAAGGGAAUUUUCGGUAUGCUAACGCUGGCGAAGAACAAAUUGAGCGCAAGUCCGAGUAAGGUAUGGGAUACGGGUUCAAGCACGGAGUAUGAGAGGAUUAGCAUGCAGCAGAAUUAUGGGCAGACACCGGAGUAUCCACAUAAUACUGCACACCCACAAGGAAUGCCUUACCAACAGGCGGCGACAUAUCAACAGGAGAAUUUUCAGCUCCCUGAUGCGUAUCAUGCUGGGACACCGUUUAACCAGGAUACGGGAUAUCACCACUAG